GGGCACUUUCAUGUACUAAGGUGUGAGCACAACCAACUUCAGGUUGUUUUGGUAAUUUUUAUGAGCAACAUUAAGUUUACUUUUUUAUAUCCAUUAAUAGUUUGAGUUCAUUCUCGAAUGAAAUGUUUACAGUACAGUAACUAAGUUGUAUUAUAUUGUAAUAUUUCCAAAUUUAAUCGUUCAUUUUUUGUUUCCAACAAGCGAUAUCUCGUUAUAAAUUAGAUAAAGAAUAGGGAGUAAACGGUUCCAACAUCAGAUUUUUUAAACAAAGUAAUUUGUUGUUAAAUCGAGUCUACCCGGUUGCCGGUUUUGUGAAAAGAUAGAUUACUUUACAAACUCCGACUUAUAUGCACAUUUUUUUAUAAUUAAGAAAUGGAGACAAUUACUUCUGAAGAAAGUUAUUUGGUGUCACAGGCACAAAAGCUCAGGAGCACUGAUUCUGCGUCAGCCAAGGCCUGGUUGAUAACAGCAAAGACAUUGCACCCAACAAGCUUUGAAAUAUUGUUUGAAGCAUAUAAACUAGAGAAAGAAUCAAAAAACUUUGAAGAAGCUGCUAAAUGUUUUAGCAAUAUUGCGUUAAACUUUCAAAACCAAAACGCGGAACUGUGGAAUGAAGUAAAUGAACUGACCAAUGCUCUUCGAGCACCAGAAAAUGAAAUUACUCCAGCACAAGAGUUCUAUGUGAAAAUGUUCCAACAUGUAUCAUAUGACGUGCAGCAUAAAAUAUUAUUGCUUACAGUUAAUAAUGCUGAAAACAGUAUACACCAAUGCAAACUAUUACUACUCAUACUAAAACGGUUCCCACAAGCUGCAAUCACACAUUCACCAAGAUUACUAGAGAUGAUAGCGGAUGGCAUGAAACAAAAUCCUCAAAAAUACCAGGAAAUGCUUGUAGAAGAGGCAUUACCACUGAUUUACCAUAAAACACCAGAGCUCCCUCCUGUACUCGUUUGCAGGUUAUUCACAAUUUCAUUAGAAUAUUAUAUACGUCAGAUAAUUGAUGAUGAGAAUAAGUGUGAUAAUACUGAAAUAUGGAAAAAGAUAUUUCAAGUUUUGAUGUUGUGUGGUAAAAUUUUGCGUUGGGAAACAUUUUUACCAUUCAAUAAAACUUGGGGACAAAAUGUUUAUUGGGAUAAACUUAUAGAAAUUGUGUCAAUUAGUCCAGCUGGCAGUACGCAAGUGCUUUUUUAUGCUACAACUUUAUUUAUAUAUUCACUACAUUGUUAUAUCAAAAAUUGUUAUACACAAUCAGAAGAUGCUGGCAUUAAUCACGUUUUGGUGGAAGGUUUCACAGUUGACUGGAAAAUGGAAGCACCAGAUGUACAAAGUAUGGAACCUCCACAGAUCUCACUAACUACACCAACAAGCAAAGAUAUAUCGAAAGCAUUUGUUCAUGCGGCACAAUGUUGGCAACUUUUAAAUACGGAGCAAUUUCAACGUGAUUUCAGCAAAUUACUACUCACCUUACCUUUGGCUGCGUGGAUAUCGCGAUUUCUCUUCGAUUUGGCGAUAUAUUUCGGCCACCAAGAAGAGGCAAAGAAAUUGAUGUCUGAGAUGAUAGUGACUAGUAGUUUGGUACAGAAUUUGCAAAUAUUAAGUUUAAACUUAUUGCAAGGGAAUUUGACGCUUCAAGGUUUCGAAUGCAUAGUCAAAAUUAUUGACGAAUUGCCACCAACACAAGGACAUAUUCUGGAACAUUUAACGUUAAAGGUGCCCCGCCAUAUGAUAUUUAUACCGUUGACACAGAAAGCUUUAAUACAGUACUGUACGAAAGCCAUCAUCAAUACACUCAGUCGAAAACUUUACGAACCAAACUGUCCUGAUCAAAUACUGGGUGACUUGUUGGUAUUAUUACAGCUUGAAUAUCCGCGUGAGACGCUAAUGGCUGAGCAAAUAUUUACACUAAUAACUUCGCGAAGAGCUUUCGCUUAUCGCUUAUUUACUACGUACAUAGUAACAAUCGAUUUUGUCGAAGAGUUCUUGCAUAUUUGGCACGCACAUAAUGAAGACUUCUCUUUUGACUUAUCACCUGCGCAAACCGGUACAAGUGUUUGUCGCGUUGGUACACGCGGUGCUGACAAAGGGGCGCGUGAAGAUUUCCGAAUUGUCAUAAAGCAGCAGAUUUUAAGAGCAAAUGAGGUGCUUACAACAUUAAUGGCCAAUUUUAUUCAACAGGAACAUAUGCAGUUAGCACGAAACAUGUUCGGUGUUUCAGUCACAGAUGACGUAGGAUUUUAAUAAUUUGCGUAAAUAUGUGUAUUUUUCGCUAAAUACUUUUUUAUACAUAAAUACAUAUGUAUAAGUUAAAAAUACUAUUUAUAAACUAUACAUAUAAAUAAAACACAACACAGUUUUUUUUAAAUAUCUACGAAUAGCUAUAUUUUAUUUUAAAUAAAUAUUUUUAUUUCUAAAAAUUAAAUUAAAUCUAUAUUGUUUUAUAGUUAUGCAUAUCAUUAAUCCUGAUCGUGAUAAAGAUAUUCCAUACCGCGCAUUCGUGUUGGGGGAAUAACCGUUUAUUUGAUAUGGCGUUUUUGUUGUAUAAGAAUAAUGGCAUUUCUACCAGCACUUUAUUUCUGGUAUAGCCUGUUACGAUUUUCUCAAUUGUUUAUCUAAAAUCAAAGGUUUCUGUUAGGUACGAUAUCACACGUACAUAUAUUAAGGGAUUACAGCCAAAUUUUCAAUAGUCAUGCUUCAUAUACGAAAGAAAUAUAUUGUAAACUGCUGUGCAAACGUUUACGAACAUAACCCGAUAUUUGGUGUCCAAAUAUCUAAAAUUUAUAUAUUGUGCUGCCGGCCACAUAGUCCAAUCCAUUAAAUAUAUAAUUGGGAAUUUAUCACACAGCUCCUUAUUUGUGUCUUGCACAGAUCUCUGCUCGAGAUAGCAAGCGGAAUAAAAAAAUAUUAAAAUGCAGGCUGGUGACAUAAAUAUUUGGUCAAUUAAUAUUUUCCAAAGUGUGUUCCGUACGUUAGGCACUGGCAUCGCAUAAUCCAUCCACUUGUAAACAUAAUGGUGCAGUGGCCCUUGCAAACAUCCCACCACAAACAUGCGAAAGAUGCGCUUUGUGUCAUAGCGUUCUUGCUUGAUAUCGAACUCAUCCAACUCGUUGCGAUGACGACGAUACUCAAUCUCUUGUGCAACCAAAUCUCCAAUUACCAUUAAAACACCCGAACUCAGAAUAUUUGUUGCUAACAAAUAUUUUCCGAAAAUUUUAUUCCAAAUAUUUCGAGGUCUGGUUGCAUCAGUAGAACAUUCACUACGUUUUUGAUAGAAUUCACGAGACUGGAAUUGCGUCAGUCGUUGCCUGCUUAGUUGAGGUAACUUCUUUGUGCUUGGGCUUACGUUAAGGAGACAUCUUUCGGUUAACAACACUAAUGGCCGUCUGUAUGGUAAAUGGGCAAACAUCGCGCUUGUUCCGGUUGUUUGCGUUAAUCAGGAAGUAAAGUUAAGACACUUCUAUUUCUAAUUUAUUACAUGUUCGUCACAAGAUUUUAUACAAUCCAUUCAAAUAUUUACUAUUGGUUAAUUUAACAGCUGAUUAGCAUGAGUAAAUAAACAGCUGAUUGCAAAGACAGAGUGUCUAGUAAAUACUAACACACAAUUCUUUCUUAAAGUUUCGAUGAAAAAUUUCCCCAAAUUUAUUAGUUUUCUGUAAAUAUAACGUCUUAAUAACAGUAAGUAUUAUUUAGAGUAAAAUGUUCACUGUUUUCUCUACCAGGAAUCUGGUUGUAAAUCUACGAAAAACUAUUAAUAUACCAUGGAUUUUAUUCUGAUUGUUGUUUAUAUAGAGCAUGGUUUAACACAUUUGAAAAGGGUUUGUGAAGAAAUUCUAUGUGAAAUUGGUAGUUCAGAAAAACCUUACUACUCAUUUUUAGCUAUCGAUAAUAGCAAAGCGAAGCUAGCGAAAUUUGUUUAUUUGGACGAUGUAUAUGCGAAAUGGCAAUCAUGCAACAACUAUCGAUGCUUCGUGUUCACAUCGUUUGAUUUCUUUUUAUACAAUUCCACCGUCGCGAAAAGAGCAACGUGUGAAGUAAAACUUUUGUGAUCGGGUCGCAUUUUCUAACAAAAGUAUUUUGGGACUUUUGAGUU